UGCCACCCCGUUGGGUGAUGGAGCCGCAAGAUGUUCGCGCCUCGGAGGGAAAGUCACGAUUGGUACUUCACUGCCACGCGGACGGAUUUCCGCCUCCGGCGGUCACGUGGCGACGCGCGAGCGGCAAGAAACCGGGUAAUUACCGGGACAUCGUCGCCCACGAGCACGCCCAGGACUUACGGAUACACUCGAACGGCUCCCUGGUGUUCGGCCGGGUGCAGGAGGAUCACGAGGGAUUCUAUCUGUGCGAGGCGGUGAACGGGAUCGGCGCGGGACUCAGCAAAGUCGUGCAUCUGACGGUGAACGUGCCGGCGAAGUUCGUCGAGAGGCAUCGUAAUCAGACGGCGAGGCUCGGAUCGACCGCGGUGCUGCGUUGCGAGGCGAAGGGCGAUCAUCCGUUGAAAAUACUAUGGAAAAAGACUGGGGUUCAGUUGGACCAAAAGCUGUCCGAUUACCGGUACAUGCUGAAAGAGGAGAACACCACGGACGGGACAAUCAGCACCCUCGAGUUCUUCACCACAAGCCGCGGGGACAGCGGCAGGUACGUCUGUAUCGCGUCGAACGAGCACGGCAGCGACGAAAUGACGAUACAGCUGUAUAUACAAGAGCCGCCUGACCUUCCAAGGAAUCUUCGCGUGAUCGAGAAGGGGAGCCGCUACAUCAACAUCAGCUGGAAAACCAGUCAGGACGGCAACAGCCCCAUUACGCAGUACAUCGUUGAAUACAAAACGGAUACUGAGGUGUGGCACGACCACACGUUCCACACGGCGGUGCCAGGUAGCCAGUCCCACGCGCACGUGAACGGUCUCCGUCCAGCGGUCACUUAUCAGUUCCGAAUUUACGCGGAGAACGAGCUGGGUCGGAGUCAGGCGAGCGACAUUUUGGAAACGACCACCGAAGGGGAGAAGCCAGGCGGACCGCCGCGAAAUCUCAAGGUGGAUCCUGUCAGCUCGACCGAGUUUAACGUCACCUGGGAUCCACCUGAUCAUGAUUUAUGGAACGGAGAGAUACUCGGUUAUCACGUCGGCUACAAGGAACAUCGGUUAGCACUAGAUCAUCAGUACACCUACAAGACCGUGGAGAGACCAAUUUCCACGGCCAGCGUGGCCCUAGGACUAGCAAGACCAUCGAUGCCCGGCAGGCAAUACCAGCUGACGAACUUGAAGAAGUACACGAGAUACAGUGUCGUGGUGCAGGCUUACAACGCUCUUGGCCAGGGUCCGAUGACGCCGGAAGUGGUCGCGACGACUCUCGAAGACGUGCCGAGCAGCCCGCCCCAAGACAUACGGUGCACGGCGCUCUCCUCGCAAUCACUGCAAGUCUCGUGGGAGACGCCCCCUCAAUACAGUCUGAACGGGAACCUGAAAGGUUACAAGGUGAUAUGGGAGAACAUGGACGCGCUGACGGAGACCAGCAAGUCGGAGAUGAUCACGAACGCGUUCACGGUCGCGAUCCACGGGCUGGGCAAGUACACGAACUAUUCUGUCCAAGUAUUGGCUUUGACGAGGGCCGGCGAUGGAGUCGCUUCGACGCCUUUCUAUUGCGUCACCAAAGAGGACCAACCUGAGGUGCCCGCCGGCGUAAAGGCGUUCGCCAGCUCGGCCACGUCGAUUAUCGUCUCGUGGCAGCCGCCGCACCGAAGCAACGGUAACAUCACCUCGUACAACGUUCAUAUCCGCGGCGUCGACCCGAAGGGGGAAUGGUACAAACGCUCGAUACAGCCGCACCAUACCAGCUAUCAGGCCGAGAAUUUGCACAGCAAGAAUCAGUACGAGUUCACGAUCGCCGCUGUCACCUCGGUGGGCGAGGGACCACGGACGCAACCCAUCACGAUCUCGCCUUCGAGCGAUGUCCGAGCAGCGAUAUAUUCUUUCGGCACGGUGCUGGUCAUACCGUGGAAGCAAGACGUUAUGCUACCGUGUCAGUGCGUCGGGAAGCCAGAACCGUCGGUGACAUGGAAACAAUGGGGCCAGAUAGUGAAAUCGUCAGCGAGGGUGUCCUUGUUAAAGAAGGGCUCGUUGCAGAUCAUGGAUCUUCACAGAGAGGACAGCGGAAAUUACACGUGUUACGUGGAGAACCGUCACGGCUCUGACCACAUCACGCAUCGUUUAACCGUGCAAGUACCGCCGGCAGCCCCGUUGUUGAACGCGACCAGCGCCACCAGUGAUUCAAUCAACGUCCGAUGGAAGAACGGCGACGAUGGCGGCGCGCCAAUCAGGGGUUAUAUUCUCCACUACAAACGUGAGUCCGGCGAAUGGGAGGAGGUGAAGGUCUCCCAGAAAAUGAACAGUUUCGUUCUGUCGCCGUUGUGGUGCGGCAACGAUUAUCAGAUGUAUCUGACGGCGUACAAUCGGAUCGGCAUGGGUUCACCGAGCGAGAUCGUUAAAGCGACCACGAGGGGAUCGAAACCUGACGACUCGCCGAGCAACGGUGAUAAUUUUGUGACGGUGAACGUGUCCUGGAUCACUCUGCACCUGAGCACGUGGAACGACGGCGGGUGCCCGAUCACCUAUUUCGAGCUGGAGUAUCGUAGAAGCGGCGAGGACAUUUGGACAUUGGUGUCGAACAACAUCGAGGUACAAAAGACGUACACGCUCAGCGAGCUGCAAUCUGGGACGACUUAUGACAUCCGAAUAAGGGCGCACAAUAACGCAGGCUUCUCGGUCGCCGAGUAUAGAAUAACGACUUUGCAGUCUCACACCAGCAGUACAGUGCCGACUGACGAGAUCGAUCCGUAUAUACCGCAACAUUCGUCUGUCUACUCGGAUUUGAAGCUUAUCAUCCCGCUGAUACUGUGCUCGCUAGCGAUCAUUACCGCCGCCGGCGCUGUCUUUUACUGUUUCCGGAAACGUCCAUUUAUAGGGGAAAUCGCUAGCCUCCACGACGCCCAAACCGCUGCCGCCUUAGACAACAAGCAAAACAUGGAGCAGCGUGAACAGUACUACGCCACUGUACGAAAACCGCUACGAUCACCCAUACACGAGAUGGCCACUUUGGAAAAGAUCCCAGAAUACUCCGACGAGAUAUACCCGUACGCCACGUUCCAGCUACAGGAGAGUGUUCCUCCGGGUGGCGACAGCCGAUGUAAUUCUGCUGCGCCUCUUCAGACGUUCGUCUAUCACAAUCCACGUCUGUCCACCGCCGACACUCUUCAGUUACGAGAGGUAUCGUCCGCCGUUCAGUUUGCUUUUGUCAUUCACCAAGCUUCUCCACCAUUCACCAUUCGUAUCUGUUCAUCCGAGCAUCGAAUCAACUGGAGAGAACACACUUGCUCGGAUUGCAACCGGUACGACACCCUGGGCUCGGAUAGCGACACGGAAGUCGGGACCAGCAGCCGAACCGAGUCUUCCAAUCACCUCGUCGAUUCGCACCACUCGGUGUCUGAGGCUGACUCGCGUGUCCACAACUUCCUGUACCAUGGACCAGAAUCUAGCACGUCUACAGAACCCUCACCGAUUUUUGAGAGAAAAUCGUUUCCUGGACGGGGAAAAUCCAAGAUGUUACAGCUGGCACGUCGUACCAGUGAGGAGGCCCGUUCCAACUUCGGCCCAAUCUCCGGGUUUGGCAAUUCCAAGCACCAGCCGCACAAUUCCUGUUCCAAUCGGGACCAGGAGCGUGACGGAUCGGGAAACCUGUUCAUCCCCAAGCUGGACCCACCCUCGGGGUUCUCCGACGCGUUUGAGCUAAGCGAGGCGGAGUGCGACCGCGGCCACAGCAGUCAACGACACAUCCGCGACUUCGUGAUCGCAGUGUAAAUAAAAAAAGAAAGGAAAAAAUUGUAGAACCUACGGUGAACCCUGUCCUCCCACGACGUUGCGGCGAAACCGUCGAAAAUCCACCCCCUAACCACACCUACCCCCCUCGUUCUAACUGUUCUUGAUGUAAAGAGAAACGAAGCGAAACAAAAAGGAAACCCCAUGGUCCGUCUUUCGUUACUUACAAAACAUCUGUGGCCGUCACAGAAUCGGCCGUCGAUGAUCUAC